UAAAAAAGACUUAUAUGACGGAUAAAAACUUUGAACCAAAAGUAGUGGCACGUGCUUCUCAAGCAGCUGAAGGUUUGUGCAAAUGGAUACGUGCAAUGGUAUUAUAUGAUCAAGUGGUGAAAAUAGUGGCGCCGAAAAAAGCCAAGCUCGCUGCUGCUGAACGUGACUACGAGAAUACUCUUACGUUUUUACAAGAAAGGCGACAAAUGCUAGCUGAAUUAAAUAAAAAACUAGAUAUACUACGAGAAAAUCUGCAAGAUACAACGACAAAGAAAAUUCAUCUAGAAGAUGAGAUGACGAGUUGCAGAAAUAAGUUGAUCCGUGCAGAGAAGUUAAUCAGUGGAUUAGGUGGAGAGAAAGAUCGUUGGACUACUGCUGCUGAAAACAUACAAAAGUCAUUUGAAUCACUGCCUGGUGAUAUCUUAAUAUCUUGUGGGAUGAUUGCAUAUCUAGGACCAUUUACAGCUAAUUUUCGUAUCGAAAAUGUAAAGAAAUGGCAGAUGCAUGUGGCGCGUUCAAAUAUACCUUGCUCACAAGAAUAUAAUUUCAUCGAAUUAUUGGGUUCAGAGAUCAAAAUCAACUCAUGGCAUAUACUCGGUUUACCUCAAGAUUAUUUCUCAAUUGAGAAUGCUAUAAUAAUGGAUAACUCAAAAAGAUGGAGCUUAUUUGUUGAUCCACAAGGUCAGAUAAAUAAAUGGAUUCGCAAUAUGGAAAAACCGAAUAAACUUGAGAUUAUAAAAUUGACAGAUCACAAUUAUAUGAAGGUUAUCGAGCGUGCAAUUCAAUAUG